AUGGCGAAGAAGAGAACUAAGAAGAGAACCCAUGCUGCGGCAAAUCCCAAUGCCAAAAAUGGCGCCCCUGUCUCAGCAGGCAAGAUCGACAAGAAUGAUCCGAAGAGCAUGGUCAUCCGGAUCGGUGCGGGCGAGGUCGGCUCGAGUAUCAGCCAAUUGGCCACGGAUGUGCGCAAGGUGAUGGAGCCCGGUACGGCAAGUCGUCUGAAGGAGAGGAAGGCCAACAAACUUCGAGACUAUGUUACAAUGUGCGGCCCCCUGGGUGUCACGCACCUACUGCUCUUCUCGAGGUCCUCGUCCGGAAACACAAAUCUGCGUGUGUCCACCACACCUCAAGGCCCAACACUAAACUUCCGAGUCGAGAAAUACUCGCUGGCAAGAGAUGUCAAACGGGCACAGAAGCACCCCUUGGGUGGUGGGAAAGAGUAUAUCACUCCACCAUUGCUCGUUAUGAACUCGUUGACCAGUGAGUCUGGCAAAGGCUCCGACAAAAUACCUCGACACCUUGAAACACUUGUCACGAGUGUGUUCCACGGCCUCUUUCCACCGAUCAACCCCCAGGUUGCGCCCCUGAAGUCGAUCCGCAGAGUGCUGCUUCUCAACCGCGAACGAUCUUCAGAAGACGACGGCUCAUACAUUAUAAAUUUCCGACACUAUGCGAUCACGACCAAGGUCACGGGUGUUUCCAAAGCCGUCAAGAGGUUGAAUGCAGCUGAAAGGUUAAUGAACAGCAAGAGCCGAAAGGGCAAGCUUCCCAAUCUCAGCAAGCUCCAGGAUAUCGCAGAUUACAUGAUAGGGGGUGAAAACGGUGACGGAUACACAACCGAUGCCACCAGCGGGAGCGAAGUCGACACAGAUGCCGAGGUAGAGGUUCUUGAGGCUGACAAGCGCAAGAAGGUCGCGGCAAGACGAGCUGCCGCCGCCGCCGCCGCCGCCGAGGAGGAGGAGGAAGAAGAGGAUGAGCCAGCUGAGUCUAACGAUAGGGUGGAGCGACGGGCAGUCAAGCUUGUCGAACUGGGGCCGCGCAUGAAGUUACGACUGACCAAAGUGGAGGAGGGGCUCUGCGGCGGGAAGGUCAUGUGGCAUGAGUACAUCAACAAGUCCAAAGAAGAAAUCAAAGAGCUCGAGAAGGUAUGGGAGAAGCGCAGACAAGAAAAAGAAGCCCGCAGGAAAGAGCAGCGGGAAAACGUUGAAAGGAAGCGCAAGGCGAAGCGUGGACAGAAAGCUGGGAAGGAUGGCGAAGAAGAUGAUGUUGAUGAGAUGGACCUCGAUGACCUUGGAAGUGAUGCCUACGACUACAUGGACGACGAGGAUGGCUUUGACAGCGAGGGACUCGAGGGCGACGCGGAGGCCAGGACGAAUGAACAGGCCGAGGCGAACGGGGAAUGGGAAGAUGAGGAAGAAGAAAUAGCCAACGGCCGAUAG